AUUGAUGAGUGCCAAGUCCACAACGGGGGCUGCCAGCACAGUUGCGUGAACUCCAGGGGCUCCUAUCACUGUGAAUGCAACCCAGGCUCUCGACUCCAUGUGGAUGGACGCACCUGCAUUGGUGAGUAACAAUAGCAACCAGUGGCCCAUGAACCUGAUAACCCUAUGUUAUACAACAUCAUCAUGAUAUACAAACCACAAACAUAUUGUGUCAUUCUAGUCUGUGGAAGCUUUUGGAAAACCCAGGGUCUAGGUAUGGGUAAGUAUAGUCCUCAGGAACUACAGUAUAGAAAGGUCUCAAUUCAGUUGAAAAGAUAAUCUUUCUCAAUCUCAACUCGCACAGCAAAGGAAUGUAUAGAGAGCGUCUUCUCUGACAUUUAGAAUGGAAAUGUAAGCUGCUUUUCUUGGCUUCAAGACAAUGUAUAUGAUAUGAGUGUAGGAAUGAGAGAGAAUAGAGAGGAGGACCCUAGUGUCACUGCCUGUUGUGUGAUGGCUGUGGUGUGGUGAUAAUGACUGAUUGCACUAAUAAUCACAGUGCAUAAGUGGACUGUCUCAGGGGUGAUGCGUGUCUGUGAGGCUGCAUAUCUUUCUCUUGACGGCGUCUGGGAACUAUGCUGUACCACUGGGAGGGAGGGAGGGAGGGAGGGAGGGAGGUAGGGAGGAGGGAGGGAGGGUAGAGAGAGAGAGAUGAGAUAGAGAGUAUAGAGAGAGAUCUCGCGAGUCAGCGAUACUGCUCUCUCUCUCCUACUCUCUAGCUCGCGCGCUCUAUCUCUCGCUCUCUCUCGAUAUCAUUUUGCAACCAUUAGCCACAGAGGCAGGAGAGGAAAGGAACACCAGAUGUCUUCCGAUAUCAUUUCAACAUAUCAGUCAUUUUUUCAUAUCCAGCAUAUGGUUUAGCUGGAGAGGUCAGUCUUAUCAAGCAGAGCAUGUGGAUGCAUAAUGUGUCCAGUCAGUCAGUUUGUCAAAACACAAUUAGACAACACCUGCUGUUAAAGCCUCUACGUAUUGUUCUCCCAGAGGAGGAGGUCAAUCAGAGGCUGGGCCUGGUGUUUUUAUCCUGAGAUACUGUGGCUGACUGGGAGAGACAGAGAGAUAUAAAAAGCAGAGAUCAGUCAGUGUGCUGGCUCUCUGGCUUCACCUCAUCAGCUCAGGAGGAGUGUCCUCCACCACUGAAGACCUUCCAUCUGCUGUCUGUGUGGCUAUUAACCCUACAGGCAUGAGGAUGGAUAUUUAAUGGGUCAGAGCAGAACAAUUCACUGAGGUAUUUAGCACAGUGUUUGUGUUGGUAACACGUCUGAGCUUGCAACCUUUCAGAAACAGCAAAGGACGCAGAGUGAAGGGUAGAAGCUUCGCUACAUUCAGGUUUAUAUCUGAAAGAAUGCAUUUCAAAACUCAAAAGGAACUUAGGAACAACGUUUACUGCGCCCUCUCAAAAUGUAUUCUAAAAAUGUAUUGUCUGUCUGUCUGUGUCCAGCUGUCCAAUCAUGUGGAAUCAGUAAUGGAGGAUGUGAGCAUUUCUGUGUUCAGCAGUCCGUUGCUGCUUUCCGCUGCCGCUGUAGAGCUAACUAUGUGCUGGCUGAGGAUGGCAAGCACUGCAAAUGUGAGUAUCAUCAUCCUCUGGCCUUUGCACACUACUGUGCACCUGACAGCACACGCACACACACUCACAGAUGAUUAAAUAUAUCCAAGCACCUGCCAAAUACUGAAAUACCCUCUAGGUGAAGUAAUUUGUGAGAAAACAAAAUUUCAACCAAUUACAAACAAAUAAGAAAUAAGCUCCCAGGUCACAUUAAAUGUAGUUUGCUUACCUUCUCCCAGUGUACCGUUGGGCCUCAGGUUUGAGAUGAGAAACUGCAGAUGAAGUAUGUUUAGUAGAAAGACUGCAGAGCGGGCAAGUUGACAGGCUGUGAUGUAACACAAAACAUGUGGUUUUCUCUUUUUCACCACAAAUAUGGGCUACAUUACUGAUCAUGAUCUUUGGCUGGGGUAAUCAUAAGUGCAGACACAGAGAGCAGCUUUCAGUGCAUGUUGAGUGAAAGGCAGCUAAGAGAGACGGUAGCCCGAUACAGACAUGAAACUAAUGGAAACGUGUAACCCAGAGAGGCAGCUAGAUAAUAAAGAUGGAUAGCCAUACUUGGAGGAGCUUUACGCUGUAACUAUGCCAUUCCAAAAUAGCGAUGUGAUGGAUGGAUGGAGAGGGGAGAGUGUAGGCAAGAUACAAGCUGUCAUUUAUAGUGUUAGGGGAAGGGUAUUUGGGAAUCCAAGGUGUCCUUUAGGUCCAAGGGUUUGUCAUAACACUGUAGAUUCAUAGCUGCCAAUAGUUCAUGUCCAACAGGAUGUCUACGUUGGACUUCCUUCCAUUCAGGAGAUGAGACCUUAAAUUGGUGUGAAUCAGACCCUGAUUUGAAGUGUUCACUCAUCUUUCAUGUUUUUCCACAACAUUAGUUCACAUUAUACUCUGGCAACGCAAAGCACAGCCAUGGAAUGUUUGGGCAGCAGAGCCCUCCUUUCUCUCUCUCUCUCUCUCUCUCCCUCUCUCUCUCUUUCUCUCUCUCUCGCUCUCUGAGCGAGGGAAGAUUAUGAUUUUACAAUAAGAACUGUCUUUUAGACAUUUUUACAUUUGAAUGGUUGGCCAGGACCAGCUUCCUCUCAUUUCUGCAGUGUUAAAGCUUCUCAUCCCAGCUGCUGGAGUGGAUAGGACAGACAGAUACAGGUUAAACAGUCACAACUAUGCAGAAAGAUACUCAGCCCAGUGGAGAGUUGGGGCCUUUGUCUUGAAUGGUUAUGUCAGUGUGUAUUCACUCAGUAUACUGUAUGUGAUGUACUUCUGCAUUUGAGAUAAAUGACCUAGAAAAAAUCCCACACUGAUUGUGUUUGUAAGAAAUUGAUGUUUGUCAAGAUAAAGCGCUGUCAACAUUAAUCGUUGUCUUCUGUAUUACAGUGGAGAAUCCAUGUCUAGAUAAGAAUGGUGGCUGCAAGCACGACUGUCUUGUUGAUGGUGGCAAGGCCCGCUGUGAAUGUAGAAAUGGGUACAAGCUAGCAGAGGACAGGAAGACCUGUGAGGGUAAAAAAGAUGUCUGUCUGUUGAUUACUGCACUACUGUUCAUAGAAGGCCAAUCAUGUCUCUGUAUUUAAGUUCUAGUAUAGAUAUGUAUAGACGCUUUGUUUUUCUGUUCCAGAUGUUGAUGAGUGUGAGUCGGAGCAGACGGGCUGUGCUCAUGGCUGCCACAACACCCUGGGCUCCUUCGCCUGUGUCUGUGAGACUGCCUACGAGCUGGGAGCAGACGGACACCAGUGCUACCGUGAGUUUGGCUCCUAUAAUAAUCUCCAUCUCUUUGAUUAUUUGACAUGAUCUGAAAUGUAUGAAAUGUCUCAAUCAGAGGUAAUCUGAGUGUCAUCUCAUGUAUUUCUGUGUGACAGGGAUUGAGAUGGAGAUCGUCAACAGCUGUGAUAGCAACAACGGAGGCUGCUCCCAUCACUGCCAGCCCUCCACCGGCGGCCCUGUCUGCAGCUGUAACCAGGGUUACCGACUGGAGGAGGACCUCAAGACCUGUGUUGGUCAGUCUAGAGACUAACCUUCACCAUUCAGUCUAGAAACUAACCUUUACCAUUCAGUCCAGAGACUUACCUUUAACAUUCAGUCCAGAGACUUACCUUUAACAUUCAGUCUAGAAACUAACCUUUACCAUUCAGUCUAGAAACUAACCUUUACCAUUCAGUCUAGAGACUAACCUUUACCAUUCAGUCCAGAUACUUACCUUUAACAUUCAGUCUAGAGACUAACCUUUACCAUUCAGUCUAGAAACUAACCUUUACCAUUCAGUCUAGAGACUAACCUUUACCAUUCAGUCUAGAGACUUACCUUUAACAUUCAGCUCAGAUCAGUCUAGAGACUAACCUUUACCAUUCAGUCCAGAGACUAACUUUUACCAUUCAGUCUAGAGACUAACCUUUACUAUUCAGUCUAGAGACUAACCUUUACCAUUCAGUCUAGAGACUUACCUUUAACAUUCAGCUUAGAUCAGUCUAGAGACUAACCUUUACCAUUCAGUCCAGAGACUAACUUUUACCAUUCAGUCUAGAGACUUACCUUUAACAUUCAGCUUAGAUCAGUCUAGAGACUAACUUUUACCAUUCAGUCUAGAGACUAACCUUUACUAUUCAGUCUAGAGACUUACCUUUAACAUUCAGCUCAGAUCAGUCUAGAGACUAACCUUUACCAUUUAAUCCAGAGACUAACUUUUACCAUUCAGUCCAGAGACUAACCUUUACCAUUCAGUCCAGAGACUUACCUUUACCAUUCAGUCUAGAAACUAACCUUUACCAUUCAGUCUAGAGACUAACCUUUACCAUUCAGUCCAGAGACUUACCUUUAACAUCCAGUCUAGAGACUAACCUUUACCAUUCAGUCUAGAGACUAACCUUUACCAUUCAGUCUAGAAACUAACCUUUACCAUUCAGUCUAGAGACUAACCUUUACCAUUCAGUCCAGAGACGUACCUUUAACAUUCAGCUCAGAUCAGUCUAGAGACUAACCUUUACCAUUUAAUCCAGAGACUAACUUUUACCAUUCAGUCUAAAGACUAACCUUUACCAUUCAGUCUUGAGACUAACCUUUACCAUUAAGUCUUGAGACUAACCUUUAAUAUUGAGUCUAGAGACUACACUUUACCCUCUAUAUCAGUUUCAGUCAAUAACAUAUCCCAAUAUCAUGAUCCUCCCAGUAAUGUUUUUAAUUGUGUGCUUUGUUUGACAGACCUGGACGAGUGUGGAGAGGGAAGCUCCUGCUGCGAGCAGGACUGUACCAACUACCCUGGGGGAUAUGAGUGCUACUGCGCAGCGGGCUACCGCCUCAACUCAGACGGAUGUAGCUGUGAUGGUAUGUUCUCCCCUCUAAAACCUCAGAAUAGUGAUUUAGUGGGGCACUCAUUAUACAAUAACUGUUGAACCUGGAUUGCUUCCAGUUUAACUAAUAUGUGCAUAUAUGAUGCUGUAAUAUUUGAAUCAUGUUUGUAUUUUCUGGUUUGCUGUACAUUGUUUAUUACAUAAGAACAUUGAUUCAGUGCUAAAUGUCAGUGAUUUUGGCUAUUUAUAUCAAUUUACCUGACUGAGGAGCAGUGUUUUUGUAAAGUGACUGGACUGUGUGUGUUGUGUAGAUGUGGAUGAGUGUCUGGCGGCUAACGGUGGCUGUGAUCACACAUGCCAGAACACCGCCGGCUCCUUCCAGUGUUUCUGCCGCCGAGGCUUUCGUAUGGACGAGGACCGACACUCCUGUGAACGUGAGUUCCACCAAUCAAAUUAGAUGUUGUUGCUUAGGGCCACACCACCAUCAUCAUGUCCCACUUGGACCUUUUACCCUUAUACAAUCUCCUCCCUCUUUGGCUAUUGCUCUCUCUCUCUCUCUCUCUCUCUCUCUCUCUCUCUCUCUCUCUCUCUCUUUCUGCAGCGCUGGAGAAUACAGUUGAGGCCCUUUCUAGUGGGGGCCAGGAUGCUGUUGGGCCCCUGCCUCAGCUCACCCUGCUGCAGGACUACAACCAGCCCCUGGAGCGCUAUGACGACUAUGAGGAUGACGACGCUGGAGAGCUGCUGGCUGAGAGCACGCUAGCAGAGAAAUUUGGUGAACCACUGAACAAAAACAUACACACUAUGGUCCUGUAUCUGAUUAGCUCUGUGUCUGAGCAACAGGAGGUAAACUGUCAGACCUCCAUAUUUAAUUACUAGUUACUGGGCAAUGAAAUACCCCACAGCAGGUGGCAAAUUGGUUAGCAGUUUUUUUUUAAACAUACCUGGGUAGUAAUGGGGAAGCUUAUAGACUGUGGCAGGGGGCUAUGGCAGAGAGCAAUGGGAUCUGUUUUGUGUUGUUCCUUGAUGUUUUGAUUUGAAAACAGUAAUCAGUAUUGUAGUAUUUAAGGCCAUCUCACUGGAGUUGCUGUGCUAGGAAGAAUGUAGUUGAAUAUUGGCAAAUCCCUAACCACAAACAGAUAUUGUUCUAAAAUGUGAUAAUCAAUCAUGUCUUUGUCUUGUAUGCAGUGUGUCUGAACAACACGUUUGGCCAUGACUGCAGUCUGACCUGUGAAGACUGUUCUAACGGAGGGCUCUGUGGCCCAGGGAGAGAUGGAUGUCACUGUCGCGAUGGAUGGACAGGCCUCAUCUGCAACCAGAGUCAGUAUCUGCUCACAGCAAACACACACAGACUGCACUCACAACACAGUAAAUUAUCAAUCUUAUGUCUGUGUGUUUUUCUGUGGAACAACACAUCUCUGUAUUAUGGAUAAAUAUAUAAAGUUGUAUUCUAUCCUAUCCUAACAGCUUGUCCUGAAGGAUCCUUUGGUAAGAACUGCUCGUUUCCCUGUAAGUGUAUGAACGGAGCCACCUGUGAUCCUGUUAAUGGGAAUUGUCGCUGCCCACCUGGCGUCAGUGGAGACAUGUGCCAGGAAGGUGAGUAACUACUGGUUAACAUAUACUGUACAAAAACACUCUCUCAGUUAUUCACACUCUAUUGAAACGUUCAGUUGCCUGAUAACAAUGCCUUGUUGUCUGUAGGCUGUCCUAAGGGCUUCUAUGGGAAACAGUGCAAUAAGAAGUGUAUCUGUGCCAGUAACGGGCGCUGCCACCGCACCUACGGAGCCUGUCUGUGUGACCCUGGACUCUACGGGAGGUUCUGCCAUCUACGUGAGUCACUCACUGUUGACCCCUCACAUCUCACCUUUCACCUCUAAUAUACAUUACUCACCUUAUUCUUUCAGUUCUUAUUCAAUAUUCUACAUGUUAUCUCCCUCCUUCCCUUUCCAGCAUGUCCCAAGUGGGCCUUUGGACCGGGCUGUUCAGAGGAGUGUCAGUGUGUCCAACAGAACACUCUGGAGUGUCACCGUCGCCACGGCACCUGCGUCUGCAAGCCCGGUUGGCAAGGCAAUGCGUGCAGGGAAGGUCAGUGCUGGCUGCUGGGACCAAAAGUUAUCUCCAGCAUCUCCAGCAGUGCUCUAGUGUUCUAUGUGUUUAACUCUGAGUGAUGCCUGAUCACGUCUCCUCCCCCCUCCCACCUCAGAGUGUGACCCAGGCACGUUUGGCCCAGGCUGUGAGAACAAGUGUGAGUGCCCGCUUGGACUGUCUUGUGAUCAUGUGACUGGGCAGUGCCAACGCCUGUGCCCGGCUGGUCGCCGUGGAGACAACUGUGAUCAAGGUAGGUUGUCCUGUCGGUCCCAUGGGAUAGGAAUUUCAUGUCAUGGUGGUCAGAUUACAGUACUGUAUGUGGCUUCUUUUAGGAAGACUACCACUGUCUCUGUCCUCUCCUCUAGACUGUCCAAAGGGGAGGUUUGGGACAGGCUGCACUCAGGCCUGUGACUGCUCAGGGGCCCUAUGUGACAGAGUGAGUGGCCAGUGUCAGUGUCCUGCAGGAACAUCAGGAAAACGCUGUGAGAAUUGUAAGGAAACAAUCUGGUGAUACUAUAGUAUCCAUAACAUUGUGAUAAUGAUGAUGAUGCUAACACAUACUCUUGCUCUUGCUGUGUGCUGCAGUGUGUGCGGAGGGCUCCUGGGGCGCGGGCUGCCGUGAGGCCUGUCCAGCCUGUGAGAAUGGAGGAGUGUGUGACAAACACAACGGGACCUGUUCCUGCCCUCCUGGGUACAUGGGCAGGCUCUGUCAGAACUGUGAGUAUGAGCGAAUCAAUGGUAGAACUGUGAUCAAAGAUUCCUGUGGUAGUUUUGGUCUAAUUUUAGAAAGAGAUGUUAAAUGCACGAUGAGCAGGCCUUUGUAGUGGGUCAUUAAAACACCAACCACACCACAUUCCCCUUUGUGUGAGGCACAGACAUGUCAUAAACCCUGUUCUCAUCAGCUGUGUUUUCACACAGAAGGAUAAAUAUUAUUCCUGUAUAACCGACGGUUUUCUUGUUAAAUGCUUAUAUGUCAUUUCAACCAGUGUCAUGGGAACUUGCUGUACAGUAUUGCAAUAGUUGUGUUUCCAGUAUUUAGAGUGUGUGUGACUCUCUGACUCACAGUGCUUUACCAUGUGUCUGUGUGUGCUGUAGCAUGUCCGACAGGACGGUUUGGUGUUGGAUGCCAGCUGCGCUGUGUGUGUGAAAACAGCGGGCGCUGCCACCCUGUCACGGGCCGUUGUACCUGUGCCCCUGGCUGGGCCGGACAUAACUGCAGGAAAGGUAGAGUGGGUGUGGCAUUGAGUCUCAAAUUAAUACAAAUAAAUAAAAAAUAGCUUACUCUCACUGAAUCUAAACUAUUUAAUUAAAAUGUCUCCUGUUUGUUUGUUUCCAUGGCAGCCUGUGACUCCGGGCACUGGGGGGUGGACUGUGCUGAGAAAUGUGACUGUAAGAAUGGGGAUGGGAGCUGUGACGCAGUGACGGGCCAGUGUAACUGUGAGGCCGGCUACACUGGGACACAAUGCCAUGAAGGUAUGUGUGUGUGAGUCCUCAAGCAAAAUAUCAGUUCGUAGUUGUUUCUUUUCGGUCUGCAUUCUUAAAUUGCUAUUGUGCUGUUGCAGUACUGUCUCAGAGCAUGUAGCUGUCAAGCCCUGCUGUAGUUGUGUUAAGUUGCGUCUUCUCUGUGUCUCAGAGUGUCCAGUGGGGUCUUUCGGUCUGGGCUGUCGGCAUCACUGCCAGUGUGACAACAAGGGGUCAUGUGACCAUGUCAGUGGAGCAUGCACCUGCCUGGUGGGCUGGACUGGAACCUUCUGUGAAAAACGUAAGAGAACCUCCCAAACUCUCCCUAAAAUGUAUCCAGAACCCAAACUAUGUAACUGUAUCAUAGCCUGAACUGUAUCUAUAAUCCAGUACAAUUAGCCUAUAGGAAUCAUUGCUGUAUUGUUUGCUGAGAAGUAAAUGCUCUGUGUGUUUGUUUAGCCUGUCCCCAGGGCUUCUAUGGGUUGGACUGCCAGGAGAAGUGUGUCUGUCUGAAUGGAGGUCACUGCAACCAUGUCACUGGGAUGUGUGUGUGUCCUGCUGGUUGGAUCGGUCCUACCUGCAAACUGAGUGAGUAUUGGACAUCCACCCUUCAAAGAGCCUAUCCAGUACGCACCCUGUACAAUAUAAACCAUUUCAAAUCAGAGACAUAUUACACAUUUGUGUUUUGCAUUGGUGUGAUUGAUGAUUGAUUCUUUGGAAGUAAACAGAUUCUUAUCUUUCCCUUGCAGCAUGCCCAGCUGGUUUCUAUGGGGAGUGCUGUAACCAAACCUGCGGUUGCCAUAACAAUGGCAACUGCCACCCGGCGAGCGGGCAGUGUGUCUGUACACCUGGCUGGACAGGGCCCAGCUGCUCACAGGGUGAGUGUGGAACUAGAGUAGUACUCCUAACUAACUAUGCACAAUAAUAUUGCUUGAGUCCAACCAAUUUACGCAGAGGUUAGUGAAUGAGUUCUGUACAGAGAAACCAUAAUGUAGGUCCAAAAGACUUCUCAACAGCUUCUACCCCCAAGCCAUAAGACUCCUGAACAGCUAAUCAUGGCUACCCGGACUAUUUGCACUGCCCCCCCACCCCAUCCUUUUUACGCUGCUGCUACUCUGUUAAUUAUUUAUGCAUAGUCACUUUAACUCUACCCACAUGUACAUAUUACCUCAACUACCUCAACUAGCCGGUGCCCCCGCACAUUGACUCUGCAACGGUACCCCCCUGUAUAUAUAGCCUCCCUACUGUCACUUUAUUUUACUUCUGCUCUUUUUUCUCUCAACACUUUUUUUGUUGUUGUUUUAUUUUUACUUUUUUUGUUAAAAAUAAAUGCACUGUUGGUUAAGGGCUGUAAGUAAGCAUUUCACUGUAAUGUCUGCACCUGUUGUAUUCGGCGCAUGUGACCAAUACAAUUUGAUUUGAUUUGAUUUGAUUUAGUGAUAAUGGGUCUACCAUUUUUUCCCUCCAGAAUGCCCAGUGGGCUUCUAUGGGGCGGACUGCCGUCAGCACUGCCUGUGCCAGAAUGGAGCCAAAUGUGACCGAAUCAGUGGGCAAUGUAUCUGUGCCAACGGGUGGAUGGGCGCAGCCUGCGGCAUAGGUGAGUGUUACUGAAAGAGCCAUAGAGACGCUUAGAGUUACCAUGAACCUAGCUAACCCUACUUACUCAUGCCUUAUUCAGACCUACACUACCGUUUCAAAAGUUUGGGGUCACAUAGAAAUGUCCUUGUUUAAAAUUGUUUUUGAAAUGUUUGUCCAUUAAAAUAACAUCAAAUUGAUCAGAAAUAUAGUGUAGACAUUGUUAAUGUUGUAAAUGGCUGCUGGAGCCAUAUCUCAGACUGCCCAUCUUAAUAUUUUAUUUUUAUUGGCCAGUCUGAGAUAUGCCUUUUUCUUUGCAACUCUGCCUAGAAGGUCAGCAUCCCGGAGUCGCCUCGUCACUGUUGACGUUGAGACUGGUGUUUUACGGGUAAUAUUUAAUGAAGCUGCCAGUUGAGGACCUGUGAGGCGCCUGUGAGGCGCCUGUGAGGCGCCUGUUUCUCAAACUAUUUGUCCUCUUCCUCAGUUGUGCACCGGGGCCUCCCACUCCUAUUUAUAUUCUGGUUAGAGCCAGUUUGCGCUGUUCUGUGAAGGGAGUAGUACACAGCGUUGUACGAGAUUUUCAGUUUCUUGGAAAUUUCUCGCAUGGAAUAGCCUUCAUUUCUCAGAACAAGAAUAGACUGACGAGUUUCAGAAGAAAGUUAUUUGUUUCUGGCCAUUUUGAUCCUGUAAUCAGGAUCCAAUCAGGAUGAUCCUCAUUCAGUACCAGCUCUACUAGAAAUGCAGACACUGGAAAACCAUUAAGGCUCUGACUGGAGGAUUCUGGACAGCCUGCUUAAGGAUAACAUUACCUGAAAUGCUAGAAACCAUUUAGAACAGUGGCCUGUGGUUUAUUUUACUGUAUUCAGGAAACAAAUUAGUCUCAGUGCUAAUUUGCCCUGGUUUAACUCAUUUAUUUUUGACUGGUGCUGUUCCCUGGCAGUCUGUGUGAGACAGAGCUGCAUGCCCCUCAGACCGCAAAUAGUCUGCUAGACCCCACAGUCUCCUGUCUGCCGUGUAACCGUCUCACUCUAGACCCCACACAGACGCUGCAGUUCACCACCCCACUGUACUCUACAUCACACACUAUCCUCCCACAGCGCCCAUAUAAACUUCUCAACGGGUCCUCCAUGCCAAACUCACCCCCUACUCUAGGCACAGGAAACCUCUAAUGCUGCUGCCGGUGCUGUGUUACCUAACCACUCAGUGGUUAAUUACCACCUAAUGCCAACUUUCUGCUAGGUCAAACCACAGGGUUUGGAGAAGGUAUUGCUGUCCUCAGCAGAAACACAUAGGUUUCUAUGUUAGCCUGUGGUUGGUUUGCCUGCUCUGACAUGUGAUGUCCUGUGUUCUUUCCUGCCAUGUCUCUGUGGGUUGGUGUGUUGGCGCUACAGAGUGUGUAGCAGGGUGGUUCGGGGCCGACUGCCAGCAGCAGUGUCAGUGUGAGAACGGGGGCCACUGUGACAGACAGACGGGCCAGUGCAACUGUGGUCCUGGAUGGGUCGGAGAGCGCUGUGAAAAAGGUGAGAAAGAGUGACAGAGAAGUGGACAUAUACUGUCUUUGUCAUCAUCAAUGUUGUGAGGUGAAUUAAUUCACAGGUUUUCACUGUACAGUCAACACAGCGCCCUCUUGUGAGUGAAUGUUGUUGUCACAUCCAGUCUCUGAGUUCUUCCUCCGUCCUUUUCCUCCACUGCAGCCUGUGUGUCAGGCCUGUUUGGGGCUGGCUGUGAGGAGAGCUGUCAGUGUGAGCAUAAAGCCCCCUGUCACCACGUUACUGGGCACUGCCUCUGUCCACCAGGUUGGAGGGGACCCCAGUGUGAUAAAGGUAGCCUACUUUUAAUGAUAGCAACUUUUUAUAUUAUCUCUGAAAGAUUUUUAGCCAUACCUGUUUAGAAUUUUGACUCCCCCUCAUUUUUUAUCACCAGCCUGUUUACCUGGAACCUAUGGCAAGGGCUGUGUGCAACGCUGCACCUGUCCCCAGGGUACUUCCUGUCACCAUGUCUCUGGGGUGUGUGGCUGUCCCCCUGGACUCACUGGUAAUGGCUGUGAACAGAGUGAGUACUGUACUACCCUCUCAGCCCAUCUCUUCUGCUUCCAAUUGGCUCAUUUAUCACCCUGUAACUAUUGCUGGAAAAUGAGAAUGUGUUUUCAGUCAACUUACCUGGCAAAAUAAGGAUAAAAAAAUUAUAAUUUAAAACUCAGUCAGUCUGGACUUUCAGCUGUAAUGUCUCACUUUUCAUAAAGCUUACCUCUCUCUCUCUCUCUGUCUGUCUGUCUGUCUGUCUGCACCACCAGCCUGUCUGUCAGGGACAUAUGGACUCAACUGUAACCAGGUGUGCCAGUGUUCUGAGACCAACCAGCUCUGCCACCCAGUGACUGGGUUGUGUUACUGCGCCCCAGGCUUCCAAGGUCCUCAAUGUAAAUUGGGUAUGUAUUGUACACUAGUCCCCUCUGCUGGUACUGACACCUUCAUAACCUUCCAUAGGGGAUGUCAUUACUCUAUUGAUUAGUUUAGUCUUAAAACUGUUUGGUAUGUGUUUUGGGUUCCCAGAGUGUCAGAAAGGUUGGUAUGGUCCCAACUGUGAGCGAGAGUGCCAGUGUCAGAACAGUGGGAAAUGCAGCUCCACCUCUGGCACCUGUGAAUGCACAGCAGGGUUCAUCGGAGCACACUGCAACAUCAGUGAGUUUAUAUUCAGCUUUUUAUUGCACUGAAUAACAUGUAACACCUCCACAACAAUCAUAACUUCUGAAGUAAUAUUAGAUGCAAAAACUAUGGUCCUUAAUGUCCUGUACCCUGUUGACAGCGUGCCCAGCUGGUCGUUAUGGGCAGGACUGUGCCCGCGUGACACUGUGUGGAGAGGGGGCACAGAAUGAUCCUGUCACUGGUAGAUGUCACUGCAGCCCUGGGCGAAGAGGGGAGGACUGUGGACAAGGUAGGUUUUCUCUAAUGAAUACAGAAACAGAUCACUAUGUGUGGAAGUAUUUUUACAACACAAAUAGGAUUGUUUGCAUCUCUAUCUGUCUAUAAGUUAAAGGUAUGUUUGUAAUAUACACUACUGGACAAAAGUUUUGGAACACCUACUCAUUCAAGGGUUUUUAAUUAAUUUUUACUAUUUUCUACAUUGUACAAUAAAAGUGAAGACAUCAAAACUAUGAAAUAACACAUAUGGAAUCAUGUAGUAACCAAAAAAGUGUUAAACAAAUCAAAAUAUAUUUUAUAUUUAAGAUUAUUCAAAUAGCCACCCUUUGCCUUGAUGACAGCUUUGCACACUCUUGGCAUUCUCUCAACCAGCUUCAUGAGGUAGUCACCUGGAAUGCAUUUCAAUUAACAGGUAUGCCUUCUUAAAAGUUAAUUUGUGGAAUUUCUUUCCUUCUUAAUGCGUUUGAGCCAAUCAGUUGUGUUGUGAGGUAGGGGUGGUAGGGGUGCCAAGGUAGGGGUGGUAUACAGAAGAUAGCCCUCUUUGGUAAAAGACUAAGUCCAUAUUAUUGCAAGAACAGCUCAAAUAAGCAAAGAGAAAUGACAGUCCAUCAUUACUUUAAGACAUGAAGGUCAGUCAAUAUGGAACAUUUCAAGAACUUUGAAAGUUUCUUCAAGUGCAGUCACAAAAACCAUCAAGCGCUAUGAUGAAACUGGCUCUCAUGAGGACCGCCUCAGGAAUGGAAGACCCAGAGUUACCUCUGCUGCAGAGGAUGUUAAUUAGUUACCAGCCUCAGAAAUUGCAGCCCAAAUAAAUGCUUCACAGAGUUCAAGUAACAGACACAUCUCAACAUCAACUGUUCAGAGGAGACUGUGUGAAUCAGGCCUUCGUGGUCGAAUUGCUACAAAGAAACCACUACUAAAGGACACCAAUAAUAAGAAGAGACUUGCUUGAGCCAAGAAACACAAGCAAUGGACAUUAGACCGAUGGAAAUUUGUCCUUUGGUCUGGAGUCCAAAUUUGAGAUUUUUGGUUCCAUCCACCGUGUCUUUGUGAGACGCGGUGUGUCUGAACGGAUGAUUACCGCUUGUGUAUUUGCCACCGUAAAGCAUGGAGGAGGAGGUGUUAUGGUGUGGGGGUGCUUUGCUGGUGACACGGUCUGUGAUUUAUUUAGAAUUCAAGGCACACUUAACAAGCAUGGCUACCUUCUGCAGCGAUACGCCAUCCCAUCUGGUUUGGGCUUAGUGGGACUAUCAUUUGUUUUUCAACAGGACAAUGACCCAACACAACUCCAGGCUGUGUAAGGGCUAUUUUACCAAGAAGGUGAGUGAUGGAGUGCUGCAUCAGAUGACCUGGCCUCCACAAUCCCCCAACCUCAACCAGAUUGAGAUGGUUUGGGAUGAGUCGGACCACAGAGUGAAGGAAAAGCAGCCAACAGGUGCUCAGCAUAUGUGGGAACUCCUUCAAUACUGUUGGAAAAGCAUUCCAGGUGAAGCUGGUUGAGAGAAUGCCAAGAGUGUGCAUUGCUGUCAUCAAGGCAAAGGGUGGCUAUUUGAAGUAUCUCAAAUAUAAAAUAUAUGUUUAUUUGUUUAACACUUUUUGGGUUACUACAUGAUUCCAUAUGUGUUAUUUCAUAGUUUUGAUGUCUUCACUAUUUUUCUACAAUAUAGAAAACGGUACAAUACAGAAAAACCCUUGAAUGAGUAGGUGUUCUAAAACCUUUGACCGGUAGUGUAUGUGUGUGUUUGAACUAUGUUUGUAAUAUGUGUGUGUUUCACAGGAGGAUGGGCUUGUGGUAAUGGCUGGAGUGGAAUGGUUGGAAUGGUAUCAAAUACAUCAAACACAUGGUUUGAUGCCAUUCCAUUUGCUCUGUUCCAGACAUUAUUAUGAGCCGUUCUCCCCUCAGCAGCCUCCACUGGUGUGUUUGUAAUGUGUAAUAUCUGUGUAUUGGCAGGCUGUGCUCCUGGAUGGUUUGGAGGGGACUGUGCUAUGCGCUGUAACUGCAGUAACGGAGGACUAUGUGACUCUGUCUCUGGAAGCUGUACCUGUGGUCUGGGCUGGACUGGGGAUCACUGUGACACAGGUGAGAGAUACUGUGCAGUACGCCUUUACAAAAUCAUAGGAAAUAGCUAUGAAUGUAAUUACUCAACUCCCAGUGCUGGUUUUCAUCCAGGAGAUGAUAUACUGUAGAUAGUUAUGCUGCCUCUCUGUGUCUGUCUGUCUGCUUGUGUGAUAGAAUGCCCUCCGGGGACAUUUGGAGGUAACUGCCAGCUGAAGUGUGACUGCCAGAACAAUGGCACCUGUGACAGGGUGACUGGAACCUGCCAGUGUGGUUUAGGAUACUACGGACAUCAGUGUGAACAUGGUGAGUGACUCACACAUGCACACACACACGUCAGUACAGCAUUGAAAGACACUGGCAUUGCAUACUGUAUCUAAAGUGUCCUACCCCCAUCCUCAGCGUGCCCCCCUGGUCUCCAUGGCCCUCUGUGCCAGCUUCAGUGUGACUGUCUGAACAGGGCGUCCUGCAACCCCUCCACUGGCUUCUGUGUCUGUCCUCCAGGGUACCAUGGCUCCCGCUGUCACAGAGGUGAAAUCUCUGCCUUAUGUACAGUAACUGAGUUGAUGGUGUCUUGUAGUUGAUGAUCACUUGUAUGCAGUUAGAAAUGUUGGCCUUCAGACCGGAUUAAUUCAUUCUAAAUAUGGUGUUGCACUUACACACGUCUUUUUUCAGAGUGUCAACAGGGCACGUUUGGUGUGAACUGUGCCAAGUCAUGUGACUGUGAGGAGGGCACGCCCUGUGACCCUGUGAGUGGCAGGUGUCUGUGCACCUCAGGCAAGACUGGACCCAGGUGUGACAUCGGUAAGACUGAGGGGCCUUCAGAACUUUCUAUGUGAUAGUACCUUAGGUGCCGAUCUGUUUAAGAGCCUUUUUCUAAUUAUUUUCUGGUGUCUAAUGAGGUAUCGUCUUACCUGUGUGUGUGUGUGUGUGUGUUGUCAGACUGUAAAGCAAACCGCUAUGGGCCAGACUGCACAGAGCGCUGUGUGUGUGACAACGCGGCUCACUGUGACCAUCGGAACGGCCGCUGCACAUGUCUCAACAGCUGGAUCGGAUUCACCUGUCAGGAAGGUAGUGAUGACUUACUAACACUCACCACAGCAUGCAUAGUGUAGCUGGUGACAGGGCUGGGUAUAAUGAAGCUGGACUGGAGAGGAAAGUUGACUGGAACUGACAUGUUUCUGCCGAGUUAGAAAAUAAACUACUUGUUUUAGUGCUGAAACUUGGUUUUGUCUGUAGGGAGGUUGAACAGAUGGAGGUUACACAUUUCCUCCGUUGGUGGUUCUGGUUGUGUUGUUGUUUGUCUAUAAUCCUGGCGCCGACGAAGAUGGCGGCCUCGCGACUAGCUCUUAGGAAACUUUGCAGUAUUUUGUUUUUUUAUGUAUUAUUUUUUACAUUAUUAGCUCAGAAAGUGUUUUGCAUCAUUACAUACAGCCGGGAAAAACUAUUGGAUAUCAGAGCGGCGGUAACUCACCAGCAUUACGACCAGGAAUACGACUUUCCCGAAGCAGAUCCUUUGUUUGCUCCACCCAGGGCAACUGAACUGAUCGCCGGCGGAGGAGAGGCACUCAGAGCGGCCUGCUGGUUCUACUUAGGAGGCGCGCACACCACCCACCGCUUCCAAGUAUUCUACUCGCUAAUGUUCAGUCUUUGGUUAACAAGAUCGGCGAACUACGGGCAAGGAUUUCUUUCCAGAGAGACAUGAAGGCCUGUAACAUACUCUGUUUCACGGAAACAUGGCUCUCUUGGGAUAUUCUGUUGAAAUCGGUCCAGCCAGAUGGGUUCUCAGUUCAUCGCGCAGACAGGAAUAAAUAUCUCUCUGGGAAGCAGAAGGGCGGAGGUGUGUGUUUCAUGAUUAUCGACUCAUGGUGUAAUUGUAGUAACAUACAGGAACUCGAGUCCUUCUGUUCACCCGACCUAGAAUAUCUCACAAUCAAAUGCCGACUGUAUUAUCUCCCAAGAUAAUUUUCUUCGGUUAUAGUCACGGCCGUGUAUAUCCCCCCUCAAGCCGAUACCACGACGGCCCUCAAAGAACUUCACUGGACCUUAUGCAAACUGGAAACCACAUAUCCUGAGGCUGCAUUUAUUGUAGCCGGGGAUUUUAACAAAGCUCAUUUGAGGACUAGGCUGCCGAAGUUCUAUCAACAUAUCCUCUGUAGCUCAGCUGGUAGAGCACGGCGCUUGUAACGCCAAGGUAGUGGGUUCGAUCCCCGGGACCACCCAUACACAAAAAAAAAUAAAAAUGUAUGCACGCAUGACUGUAAGUCGCUUUGGAUAAAAGCGUCUGCUAAAUGGCAUAUUAUUUAUUAUUAUUUUUACUCGCGCUGCUAAAAUCCUCGACCAUUGCUAUUCGAACUUCGGGGUGGUUAUAAGGCCCUCCCCCACCCUCCUUUCAGCAAAUCUGACCACGACUCCAUUUUGCUUCUCCCUUCCUAUAGGCAGAAUCUCAAACAGGAAGUACCUGUGCUAAGGACUAUUCAACGCUGGUCUGACCAAUCGGAAUCCACGCUUCAAGAUUGUUUUGAUCACGCGGACUGGGAUAUGUUCCGGGUAGCUUCCGAAAAUAAUUUAGACGUUUACACUGAAACGGUGACUGAGUUUAUCAGGAAGUGUAUAGGUGAUGUUGUGCCCACUGUGACUAUUAAAACCUACCCUAACCAGAAACCGUGGAUAGAUGGCAGCAUUCGCGCAAAUCUGAAAGCGCGAACCACCGCAUUCAACCAUGGCAAGGUGACUGGGAAUAUGGCAGAAUACAAACAGUGUAGCUACUCACUCCGCAAGGCAAUUAAACUGGCAAAACAUCAGUAUAGAGGCAAAGUGGAGUCACAAUUCAACGGCUCAGACAAGGACUGUGGCCGCUCCUUCUCCAUGGCCGACGUGAUUAAGACAUUUAAGAAUGUUAACCCCCGCAAGGCUGCCGGCCCAGAUGGCAUCCCUAGCCGCGUCCUCAGAGCAUGCGCAGACCAGCUGGCUGGUGUGUUUAUGGACAUAUCCAAUCUCUCUCUUUCCCAGUAUGCUGUUCCCACAUGCUUCAAGAUGGCCACCAUUGUUCCUGUACCCAAGAAAGCAAAGGUAACUGAACUAAAUGACUAUCGCCCUGUAGCACUCACCUCUGUCAUCAUUAAGUGCUUUGAGAGACUAGUCAAGGAUCAUAUCACCUCUACCUUACCUCUCACUCUAGACCCACUUAAAUUUGCUUACCGCACCAAUAGAUCCACAGACGAUUCAAUCGCCAUCACACUGCCCUAUCCCAUCUGGACAAGAGGAAUACCUAUGUAAGAAUGCUGUUCAUUGACUAUAGCUCAGCAUUCAACACCAUAGUACCCUACAAGCUCAUCAUUAAGCUCAAGGCCCUGGGUCUGAACCCCGCCCUGUGCAACUGGGUCAUAAACUUCCUGACAGGCUGCCCCCAGGUGGUGAAGGUAGGAAACAACAUCUCCACUUCGCUGAUCCUCAACACUGAGGCCCCACAAGGGUGUGUGCUCAGCCCCCUCCUGUACUCCCUGUUCACCCAUGACUGCGUGGCCAAGCAUGCCUCCAACUCAAUCAUCAAGUUUGCAGAUGACACAACAGUAGUAGGCUUGAUUACCAACAAUGACGAGACCGCCUACAUGGAGGAGGUGAGGGCUCUGGGAGUGUGGUGCCAGAAAAAUAACCUCUCACUCAACAUCAACAAAACAAAAGAGAUGAUCAUGGACUUCAGGAAACAGCAGAGGGUGCACCCCCCUAUCCACAUCUACGGGACCGCAGUGGAGAAGGUGGAAAGCUUCAAGUUCCUUGGCGUACACAUCACCGACAAACUGAAAUGGUCCACCCACGCAGACAGUGUGGUGAAGAAGGCGUAACAGAGCCUCUUCAACCUCAGGAGGCUGAAGAAAUUCGGCCUAGCACCUAAAACCCUCACAAACUUUUGCAGAUGCACAAUUGAGAGCAUCCUGUCGGGCUGUAUCACCGCCUGGUACGGCAACUGCACCGCCCACAACCGCAGGGCUCACCAGAGGGUGGUGCGGUCUGCCGAACGCAUUACCGGGGGCAAACUACCCACCUUUCAAGACACAUACAGCACCCAAUGUCACAGGAAGGCCAAAAAGAUCAUCAAGGACAUCAACCACCCGAGCCACUGCCUGUUCACCCCGCUAUCAUCCAGAAGGCGAGGUCAGUACAGGUGCAUCAAAGCUGGGACCGAGAGAAUGAAAAACAGCUUCUAUCUCAAGGCCAUCAGACUGUUAAAUAGCCAUCACUAGCACAUUAGAGGCUGCUGCACUUUAAGAAAUGGAACACUAGUCACUUUAAUAAUGUUUACAUAUCUUGCACUACUCAUCUCAUAUGUAUAUACUGCAUUCUAUUCAAUAAUAUUCUACUGUAUCUUAGUCCAUGCCGCUCUGUCAUUGCUUGUCCAUAUAUGUAUAUAUUCUUAAAUCCCAUUCCUUACAAGUUUUGUGUGUAUUGGGUAUAUGUUGUGAAAUUGUUAGAUAUUACUUGUUAGAUAUUACUGCACUGUCGGAUCUAGAAGCACAAGCAUUUCGCUACACCCGCUAUAACAUCUGCUAAACACGUGUAUGUGACAAAUACAAUGUGAUUUGAUACGUGUGUCCUGUGUGCUGAGAUACAGAGUCAACUGACAGCUCCUCUCACUCUGUGUCUGGGUGUGUCCUCAGGUGGGCCUCCACGUCUCCCCUACAGAAGCAGGAGGGAGGAUAACUCACAUCUAGACAACGCGUUAUAGCGUCCCCUUUUGGUUGGAGGCUCUAAUCACCAAUGAGCCUCCGACUGUAAGAGGCUGAGGCAGCAGCACAAGCUUCACUGAAGCCGAACUGAAGUGGAUUAAAAGGGUGGAUAUUAUUAUUUCAGAAAUACACACCCCAACGGGACAGGAUACUGCUGCACCCACAGGAGCUGGAUGACAGACACUGAGAAAUAGACUCUAAGGAGAAAUGUUCUCAGUGUUUGCUCUAGGGUGGAUAAUGCUUUGUUGUGUGUGUAUACUUUGAACUGUGCAGGGCUUUCAUUGUUUGUGUUCAUGUGUGUACUGUAUAAAUGUGCAGCUCCCACUCAGGCAUGGCCUGACUCAUCAGUGAUGAGGUACGGUAUGUUGUGACCCCCUUUCUGGUAGUUAGAGUGCGGUCAGGGGGUACCAGGACUAGGGGCUCUAUUCAAUCUGU